AUGGAGAGAUACAAGUGUAGAUUUUGCUUCAAGAGCUUCAUCAAUGGAAGAGCUUUAGGUGGUCACAUGAGAUCUCACAUGCUUAGUCUAUCUGCCAAACGUGAGCUUUAUGAAUUAACUGGUGAAGAAGAAGGAGAAGAAGAGGAAAGGCCGAGUCAACUCAGUGACGACGAUACCGAGUCAGAUGCUUCUUCUUCGCCUGAUGAGGAAGAAGAAGAUCAUGGAAAUUGCGGUGAGUUUGAUAAUCCAAAGCUGGAUCGUCUUCAUACGGUUGAUGAUGAAGAAAUGAAGUUUGAAUUCGCCGAAGACGACGUUGAAAGCGAAACCGAGUCAUCGAGGAUCAAUCCAACUCGGAAACGAUCCAAGCGAACUCGGAAACUUGGAUCGUUCGACUUCGACUUUAAGAAGCUGCAAACGAGCCAACCCGGUGAGUCAGUGACCGAGCCAGAGCAUCACAGCUCAGCUUCAGACACAACGACGGAGGAAGAUCUGGCCUUUUGUCUCAUUAUGCUCUCGAGAGACAAAUGGAAGCAACAGAAGAAGAACAAGACAAUGUCAAAGCAAACGGUGGAAGAAGAAGAUGAGACAGAUCAUGAGUGUGAAGAUUACAAAUGGAGCAAGAACAGAGGAGGAAGAGGGAGAUUCAAGUGCGAGACUUGUGGUAAAGUGUUUAAAUCGUAUCAAGCACUAGGAGGGCAUAGAGCAAGCCACAAGAAGAACAAGACUUGCACAACAAUGACGUCGACGAAAACAGAGUACAAGAAUGGAGUCGCGGAGAAGAAAAUUCACCAAUGUCCGAUCUGUUUUAGAGUUUUCACUUCAGGACAAGCACUUGGAGGUCAUAAGAGAUCUCACGGAAGCAGUAACAUCGGAUCAAGAAGAGGGUUGUCUGUAAAUCAAAUUGUUCGAAUCGAUAAAGAAGAAGAAGUAUCAGUGAAACAGAGGAUGAUAGAUCUUAAUCUUCCUGCACCCAACGAAGACGACGAUAACUCUGUAGUGUUCGAUGAGUGGUGA